ACUCAAGCAACAUCAUUAACUCCUCCCCUAUCUGCUUCCUCCUCUUCUAUACUUUUAUCCGUCCAUCAAAGCGCCUUGUUGUCUCAUUUUCUUUCUUUUUUGGGUCGGGUUACUUUCGAUUCACCUCACCCAAUUUUUUUUGAUUCCUUGUGUAUAUAUUAUAUAAAUAUAUAUAUAUAUAAGGGUGAUCAAAAAGAGAGGAAGCGAACGCUCUUCGACCCGAUGCGGUGAGGGGUCCUCGAUGCCGCGGCGCGAGGGCGAGGCGCGCGACGGAGCCGACGCCACCGGAGACCUGCCGCCACCGCCUCCUCCUCCUCCGGCGCCACCGCCGCCUCCGGGUGCGGUGGCGCCGGCGCCGGCCGGCGCCGUCGCCGUGGUCAUCGCGGUGAGCGAGGCGGACGCGGAUCGCUCCGCCGCGCGCGAUGAGGAGGCGCGCGGGGCCGCGGAGGGGCAUGUGGAGGGGGAGCGGAAGGGGAAGGGGAAGGGGAAGGGGGAGGAGGCGGAUCGUGGAUCGAAGGGGGGCGCUUGCGUGGUGAUCGACGUGGGGCGCGGUGGCGGAGGGGCAGAAGGGGGUGGCGGCGGAGGAGGAGAUGGGGACGGGGAGAAGGUGUGCCGGAUCUGCCAUUUGAGCCCGGAUCAAGGGGAGGAGGCGUCCGAGUUGAUCCAGCUCGGUUGCGGAUGCAAAGACGAUCUCGGGAUCGUGCAUCGUCACUGCGCCGAGGCGUGGUUCAAGCUAAGGGGCAACAGGUGCUGCGAAAUUUGUGGUUCGAAUGCCAAAAACAUCACGGGCAUCGAAGACGCCCGAUUCAUGGAGGAAUGGCACGAGAGGAGAAUCACUCUCCAAAGGAACACAACAGAGAGAGGCGGUUGCUGGAGACGCCAACCCUUUUGUAACUUCCUAAUGGCAUGCCUCGUGAUUGCUUUCAUAUUGCCGUGGUUCUUCCGCGUGAACGUGUUCUAACUCCCUGCCAUCUCCCACCUUUAUCUCAUAAGGAAGCAGAAGCUGAAGUUCCUUCCCAAACUGCUGCUUUUAGAAGCAGUCAAAUUUGCAGCUCGUCUUCUGUUCUGAGAUCUGCCUGACGGGGAAUCCAAUGUUUACGCUGGACAUUUUGAUGCGUGUGUGUUCGAGUUACACAAUAGCACAGUUAUACAGAGUUUAUUUAUUGGUUCUUUUUAACUCUUUUCAACUUGUUUUGUCUAUAAAUUUUAUAGAUGGUUUGGGAUUUGUUUGGGUCUCCUCUGUAAUUUUUUCUAAAAUCUCCUGUACCGUUUAAUCUUGUGCAUGAAUACUAAUUUUGGGAGCUAAGUGUGCGCGGGCCUAUUAACUAGAUUGAGUAUGAAAGCAAUUUUGCACUAGUUUAGUAGUUUUACAUAGUUUAAUUGAGUGUUAACUUCUUCAAUACCCUCAGAAAGGUUGUAAUGUUACUCCUUCACAUUGUAAAAUAUUAUUGGUGUCCUUUUAAAUAUUAA